AUGCCAGCUACUCUCCACAAAUGUACCACUGUUCACAAGUUGAAUACCGGUGCUACCAUUCCAGCUGUGGGUCUUGGAACCUGGAGAUCCACUGAGGACGAAGGCUACGACUCCACCCUGGCAGCAUUGAAGGCUGGAUACAGACACAUUGAUGAUGCUGCAAUCUAUUUGAAUGAAGCUGCUGUAGGCAGGGCCAUCAGAGACUCGGGUGUGCCAAGGGCGGAAAUUUUUGUCACGACGAAACUUUGGGGGACGCAACAUCGUAACCCACAAGAAGCUCUCGACGAGUCCUUGAAGCGUUUGGGUCUCGACUACGUAGACUUGUAUCUGAUGCAUUGGCCCGUGGCUUUUAAGACCGACCACGUCAAAGACGGUAACUACCUCACCAUCCCCAAGAAUGAGAAGGGCGAGCCGGACACCGAUGUUAAGGACUGGAGCUUCAUCAAGUCUUGGGAACUCAUGCAGGAACUACCCAAAUCUGGAAAGACCAAAGCAAUUGGUGUUUCCAACUUUUCUGUUAAGAACUUGGAAGAUCUUUUGAAAGCUUCCACCACCAAAAUUGUUCCAGCUGUUAACCAAGUGGAGACCCACCCAUUGUUACCACAAGACGAACUCCUUGCCUACGGCAAAGAAAAGGGUAUCUUACUUGAGGCCUACUCUCCAUUCGGAUCUCAAGGCUCGCCCCUUUUAUUGGAAGCUGUGGUAAAGGAAAUUGCCGAAAAGAACAACGUCGACCCUGGUCAACUGUUGGUGUCUUGGGGUGUCCAGAGGGGCUAUGUUAUUCUUCCAAAAUCGAAGAACCCAUCCAGAAUUGCUUCCAACUUCCAUGUAAUCGACUUGUCAGAUGAGGACAUGAAGGCUUUGCACAACAUCUCUAAAGAGAAGGGUGAGAAAAGAUUCAACACCAUGGAAUUCCCAGGGUUUAAGAUCUUCGAGUAA